AGCACUGGGAAGCUUCUCCAAAAUGGGUCAGGCUUAUCAGUCACCUCUCACUGGGCUCCCAUCAGGGUUUAUCUGGCUCUGCUGAUGUAAAUAUCCACGUGGGAUGCAUGGAACACAUUCCUGCAGCAGCGCAGGGAGCACCAGGAGCAUGUCUGUGUGAUUCCAGUUGAGGAGGUUUCUCAGCAAGUGCUUCCUCAUUAGUAUUUGGGUUACUCUGCUUCUUUACCAAAGAGCUGCUCUUGUUUCUAAGAUCUUUCUUGGGUAACAACUAAAGAGCAGCAACAACAACAAAAUAAUAAGCAGUUUAUCAUUAAUUUCCCUUUCAAGGGUUUUCCUUUCAUCUCCAAGUUUCCUACAUUUCACAUUUUCUAACAUGUAUUCACUCUGUUGUCUGCACUCCCUUUUUUUCCCCUUUAUAACACUGUCUUUUUAAUGGCUGCUUUGAUUUCUGUGUUUUGUGGGUUUCCAGCCAGGCUUGGCUUUUGUCACUGCAGCCUCCCCGUUGUGGUCGCAGCUUCUUGACACUCAGUAAACCUUGAACUCUCUACUCCUGCUCCCAUGUUUAUCCACAUAAUACUCCACAAUUCCAUUGGGGAAACUGACCUUGUUGAAGUAAUAACCUAUUUUUGGCUGAAUUUGGAGAGUGAAAGUACAAGGAAGCCAAAAGUCUAAACGCAGUCAAUACUGAGCAUUUCCCUGCUCUUCAGCAGGGCCCACAAACCAGGUGGUGGUGACAUGGGGACAUCAUACAUUUUGCAGAGCCCCCUGAUUUCACUUCUUGCAGCAGUGGAGAUUUUUCUCAUGGACAAUUUGGUUCCCCUCUCAUUAUCUUGUGCCACUGAUAAGUCUGCCUCAAACUGCCAGGCUGUUCCUGCUCCACUGCCGAGGACUUGGGAGAAGGCUUCAAGGGAACUGGAUAAAAUACAAUUACACUUCCCAGCUGACAGCUUUUGAUAAGAGCCCCAGUGCUGUUCUCUGCUCCUUUUGUUUGCCCUGUAAAGUUUCCUGCCUUCCUCUCUGCUGCUUAAUUUUACAAAGCCAUGGCCGUGGUUCCUUCUGGCAGGUGCAUCCAGGGGAGAAGUAGGAGCACCUCAGGAGGGAAAUCUGGACUGUCUUCAGUGGCUUUUGUUCUUCUAGUGUUUAAUAAGCGAUUCUGGAUGAUGCAAAUGGCCAUUUUUGUUGCUGUGAAAGGGGAGAAGGUGGUUAGGAGAGGGUUUAAGAGGGAAUUUGGGUGACUGGCAGCCCUGGCAGGGGACCCCAAACCGCCCAGUUCCCUGUGAUUCCUUUGAGGAAACAGUGAAGCAGAUGCUUUGUGUCUGCUCAGAUGGGUCAGGCAGCCCCCAGCACCUGUCCCAGCCUCCCCCCACCUCGCUGCCCUCACUAUAUUUACCCAGGGGGAACUUUCCAAGAAUGGAAGUGGUAAGAUAAAACCCCUGAGGGGCUAAAAUUAGCCCCAGGCCCCGGCCCUGUCCUGCCGUGGCAUUUCAGCUGUGAGCUCUGAGCCUGCUCUGGUCACACAGAGCAAGUGGCCAUCCCCAGCAAGGUCCCCUCUCUUCUGCUCCUGGUUUUGGGUUUAAUCCACGGGAGGACUCUUCAUGGGACCCCCAAGGCCUCAGGUGCUGUGAGCAUCCCCCUCUCCCCAGGGAGAACUGGAUGGGGAUUGCUGAGAGUUUGGGAAAUGGGAGGCUUUGCCCAGCAGUGGGUGCAGGGGCCUUGCCAAAUCUUGUGGCACCCAGAGUCUUCCUGAGCUCCAGAUCUUUGCCUUUAUCCUUUACCAUGAAAGCAGCACAUGGGCGACAGACCCCCGAAAAUGAGCCUGAUGGACAUCAACAAAAUGUUCUCCAUGCUCCAGCCCAGGGAUGACGAGCAGGAGGACAAUGGGGAGAGCGAGGAGCUGAGCCGGGCAGUGUCUGAGGAUGACUGUGAAACGCUGCAUCGCCUCCUGUCCCAGGACAGGUACAAGAGGCUAAUCAACCGCCGGAGCGGCUGGGGGGUCCCCAGCACCCCCCUGCGCCUGGCGGCCACGCGGGGUUGCGUGCGGAGCCUGCGGGUGCUGCUGGCCCACGGGGCUGAGGUGGACAGCCUAGAUGUGAAGGCCCAGACCCCGCUGUUCGUGGCCGUCAGCAAUGGCCACCGUGAGUGCGUGGAGGCCCUGCUGGAUGCUGGGGCCAGUCCCGCAGGCAGCAUCUACAACAACUGCUCCCCGCUGCUCCUCGCGGCCAGGGACGGCAACGUGGACAUCCUGCGGCAGCUCCUGGAGCACGGAGCAGAGCCCAACGUCCAGGCCAGGCUGCCCCAGUGGGCAGCCAACUCAGUGUCCUGUUCUGGACCCUUGUACCUGGCGGCUGCCUACAGGCACCUGGAGUGCUUCAGACUGCUGCUCCUCCACGGGGCUGACCCCGACUACAACUGCACAGAUCAGGGGGUGAUCGCCCAGAUCAAGGAGCCCAAGACCCUACUGGAGACAUGCCUGAGGCACGGCUGCCAUAGCAAGUUCAUCAAGCUGCUCAUUGACUUUGGAGCCAACGUGUACCUGCCCAACGUGCCCGUGGAUGGGCCGGCACCAUGCAGCGAGGGGCUGGAGCUGCUGCUGCAGGCCAGAGCUCAUCCCAAGUCCCUGCUGUCCCAGUGCCGGCUGGCCAUGAGGCGAAUCCUGAAGCAGCCUGGCCACCUGUCCACCCUCAGAGAGCUGGAGAUCCCCACAGUCCUGGCCAACUACCUGCAGCACCAGCCGUGACACACAGCCUGCCUCCAGGGACAGCCACUCUGACAUCUGGGAGUGAAGCUCUGAAAUCCAUGGAACCAACAGGAAUUUGUGUCACAAAGU